AAGUAGAAUGUAAAAAGAAAACUAGAAGAUAUACUCUGUGCCCAGUGCCCCAGUUCAUUCCAAUCAAAAUUAGUAGGGUUUUAGUCAGGGUUUAAUCAUAGAUGGCGGUUGCUGGCGCUCACAGGAUAAGAGGAGGGUCUCUGACGGCGGCUGCCGCCGCUCUCUCCAUCACGAAAUCAAAGCUGAGUGUCAAGGCUGGCUGUCCAGAGGUGUGCAAAUUUCUCGGCAUUUCAGACCCAUCUGACCGAUCUCGAUCUCCCACUGCUCUCAUGAUUUCCAAGUUCAUCAGACUCCACAACAAGCAGAGUCCUGGAAUCAAGGACCGGAAUUGGGAGCAGAACCUGAAUAUACUAUUGCACGGCAAAGAUAGAGUUGGGUUGCCAGAGGUCACCAGAUUGCUAUCGCCGGAAUUUACCUAUUCCACUAUCAAAAGCACAAGCACGGAUGCAACAGCCGCUUAUGGGCAGAUCGAGGCCAACAAAUCAAAGAAAAUAGCAGGGAAGGUCAGCAAGAAGUAAAGCAGCAGGAUAUGAGAUAUCUGAAUCUUUCAAGUGAUUAAAUAAAUGACUGUUAUCUUUGCAUGUCAUAUACUCUGAUGUUCUUAUUUCGAGCCAUUGGAGUUUUGUUUCAUGGUGUGGAUAUUGCUGAAUUGAUUGUUGCAGAUGAUGCUUCUGUAUUUCUGUUUUUCUGAACACUA